AUGGUGAAGAUCUCCGUACUUCAGCAUGCGCCGUCGGCGCACCUUCCUGCUCGACCAGGAGAUCCCACUCCAACUUCGCGGAAUCUCGAUCCACUCAUGCAUCCGUUUGCGAGGGGCCGUGAGCGAAUGCGAGCGUUGAACGCCGCAAAGAUGGAGCGCAUGUUCGCCAAACCUUUUUUGGCAGCAUUAGAAGGCCACGUAGAUGCUGUGGAGACUAUGGCCCGGAAACCAGAGAGUUUGAAUGUGGUUGCGAGCGGGAGCUGGGAUGGAGGAUUAAUUGUACAUGAUAUAUCACGGAGGACAAAAGUGAUAUACGUGGAACAAGCACACAAGGGCAAGGUGGCUGGGAUAUGCUUUGCUGAUGGAGAGAGGCUGUUGAGCUGUGGUGUUGACCGGAACAUCAAGCUGUGGGAUAUUCGACCAUCUUCUUUGGGCGUUGACGAGGAUGGUGCAGGGUCGUCAACGAGCCGCAAUCCUCUGAGCAUCUUUCCAGGAAAGGCAGCGUUCAAUUCAAUAGACCACCAUCGAUCCGAUCCUCUCUUCGCCACCGCAUCUAAUCUCGUUCAAAUAUGGGAUGAGACAAAGAGUGCUGCGAUAUCCAACCUCACUUUUCCCACUUCCACGGAAACAAUCUCCGGUGUACGCUUCAAUCUGUCUGAGCCAUCAGUCUUGGCCAGUAUAGGCUCAGACCGGACGUUCACCUUGUAUGAUAUUCGAACUGGGAAAGCAGAGCGUAGAAUCAUCAUGCAGAUGCGCAGUAAUUCACUAUCAUGGUCGCCGACAUUCCCAACGACGAUACUUCUUGCAUCAGAAGACCACAAUCUAUACACCUUUGAUAUCCGCUCGCUCAAGACGCCGACACAGAUCUACAAGGCGCACGUCGCAGCGGUGAUGAGCUGCGAUUGGAGUCCGACAGGUCUCGAAUUCGUGAGCGGCGGUUGGGAUCGCACCGUACGCAUAUGGAAAGAGGGAGUCGGCUCUUCCCCAGAAAUCUACCACACAAAACGGAUGCAGAGGGUAUCGUCGACACUCUUCACUGCCGAUGCACGAUUCGUGCUUAGCGGGUCUGACGAUGGGAUCGUUCGGAUCUGGAAGGCACAUGCAUCCGAGAAGCUGGGCGUCGUCACCGCGCGGGAACGUGCUGCAAUCGAGUAUCGCGAGAGCCUCAAGGAGCGAUGGAAGAUGGAUAGCGAGGUUGGGAAGGUGUCACGAAGGCGACACAUUCCGAAGCCGGUAUAUAAGGCGGCGCAGCUCAAGCGCACGAUGCUGGACGCGCGGCGGGUCAAGGACGAACGCAGGCGGAAACAUACCCGUGCAGGGGAGAGCAAACCGAAGGCAGAGAGGCAAAAGAUGGUGAUUGCAGAGCAGACGUAA